AAUAUAACUGUUCAUCAACUAACCAUGAAACGUCUUUCAAUCUCUGAGACUCAGGUACUUGUGAUAACUUAGUCAUGCAAAUUUGAGGUAAGUUAUAUAUAUUAAUAUUUCAAAAAAGCAUAAUAACCCCCCUUUUAUGUAAUGCAUUGACAAUUGCUCCCUUUUGUUUUAACGGCUUACAGUAAACGCUUUUUCAAGUUGCGCAUAAAUUAACAUUGGACGAACGUGACAACCAGUUGAUUUUCGGAAGGAGGGCAGUCUUAUCCAAGACAGGAUAAAAACGUAUGGUCUGCCCAACAAAGUAUCAUUAUUGACGAUUACAGACUUUCUCUAUCAAGCAGUAGGGGGCUUGGUGACUGGCCGAGUGGUAUAAAUAUUACUAGCAUGUCAACACUGAAGAUGUAAGUGCAAGCCCCGCACGUGGCAGAAUAUAAAGAAGAGGUAUGUUGACAAAAAAGAGAUUUUUCAUUGGUUUUAUGGUAUUAGGCUUCCUUAUUUUAUGGAGUAUAAUACACGGAAAUAUUAUAACGACAAUGAUGGAUCAAGCAAACAUGGCAAUGCAUUCGUUAACAAUGCCUACACCUGGCCAGUAUAAUUUGUCCUAUGAAUUGAAAUCCAUUCGUCACGAUUGUGGACAACUUUGUAAUACAUCAAGACAAGGGUCACCAGGGCCGUAUUUUGAUCAUAUACUUGCACCAAUUGAUUGUAAUGCAAUAUUAAGGAAUGCAUAUGUAGACCGGGGUCAUGGAUUACCUCUUGCACCGGAAACAAUUCCAAUAGAGCUAAUGAAUGAAUUUUCAAUGAAUAAUCGUAUUCCAGUGAGGUACUGGCACUUAAAUAGCCAAUAUUUAGGUAAAAAAGCAUCGAGUCCUGUGUGGACAGAGAAAGCUAUUGAAGACUGGAUACUUCUAGCAAAAGAAGGUAAAUUAAAGGGCAAUUACGGUGUAGGAGAAACAAAUGCUCUUAGAGAUGGAUUAAAACAUGCACCAGGGAUUAAAGACGGUAGGGUUUUAGUAAUAGGUUCAGAAAUUCCAUGGGUUGAGGCAUGCGUACUUGAAGCAGAAGCACGUGAAGUAGUGACAUUAGAGUAUGGCAGUAUCAAAUCAGAACACCCAAAAGUGAAAACCAUGGUCCCGUUUGUAUUUCGUAUGCGUUAUCUUAACAAUACUUUAGGAACAUUUGAUGCCAUCGUUACAUUUAGUUCUAUAGAACACUCAGGAUUAGGGAGAUAUGGGGACGCAUUGAAUCCGUGGGGUGACAUUAUUGCUGUAGCACGAGCAUGGUGUGUAACUAAACCUGGAGGUUCACUUACAAUAGGUGUGCAGUAUAAAUAUAAUCAUGAGUUUCUCAAUUUUAAUGCUCAUAGAUGGUAUGGUAAAAUAAGAUAUCCAUACUUAACUACAAAUUGGAAACAACUUUACAGGGGAAUAGGCAAACAACGCGUCCAUGUUUUCACGAAAUAACAAUAAAUUCUUGUUUUUCGACAGUUUUACAGAUUUUCAGAAGACGUGAAUGUUAUAAAGAAGAGAGUUACAAUUCUACAUGCAAUGGCAAUUUGAAUUCGAAUCAAUUGUCUCCGUGUGCGUCAGCUGUUUGUGGGUGCCGAAUUAGGUUAUUUAAAAGGAUUACGUUUUUCAGUUGAAAGAGGAAGACGUUUGCAGAUGAAAUGAAGGCAAGCACAACCGUGACAAACAAAGAAACAUAUAUACAUUUUGUACUCCACAACGGUAUAAUGUGAAUGUAAACAACCAUACGGAAUUCAACAAUGAGCAAAACCCAUACCAUACAGUCAUAAUUAUUUAGUUAUGUUUUAAUUUAUCAAAAACAAAAUCAAUGUUAGAACUGAUAAAAUAAUAUUCAAAGAUCUUACUACAGUGAUAGCCUUUAAGAAUUAGUUUAUUUUGAUCGAGCAUCAAUCAGUUUACAUGACCGUAUCCGAGUUUAUGAACUCUAUAAACAACAUCACCGUAAAAAGUUGAAUGUGAUAUCCCUUUUUUUUAAUAAGAAUUCUACGGGUAAAGCCAACAUUCCAAACCAGAUCUUUGUAGAGGACGUUAAUAAAAGUUUAAAGUAAUUAAACGAAAUCCUUGACUUGAUAAGUACCACUGUUUAAGGACUAAACAAGGGUUGCUCCGAAGUAGUAGUGAGCAUUUUCGUCGAACCUGCGACUUUAAUCGCAAAAGCGAGACAUAGCGAUCCUACAUUCCUUCGUCGGCGUCGGCGGCGUCCACAAAUAUUCACUCUUUGGUUAAAGUUUAUGAAAUUUUAAUAACUUUCUUACACUAUCCUGGAUUUCUACCAAACUUGGACAGAAGCUUGUUUAUGAUCAUAAGAUAGUAUCCAGAAGUAAAUUUAAAAAAAAAUCCUGUUUAUUCGUAUUUUACUUAUAAAUGGACUUUGACAUAAUCUUUCAAUCAGUUUAAUUGAGGUCUUGAGCUGGCAUGUCAGUAACUUCUAGUAGUCUGUUGUUAUUUAUGCAUUAUUGUCAUUUUGUUUAUUUUCUUUUGUUUCCUAUUCUGACAUCGGACUCGGACUUCUCAUAUACUGAGUUUUACUGUGCGUACUGUUGUACGUUUGUUUUUACUACAUUGGCUAGAGGUAUAGGGGGAGGGUUGAGAUCUCAAAAAACAUGUUUAACCCCGCCUCAUUUUUGCGCCUGUCCCAAGUCAGGAGCCUCUGGCCUUUGUUAGUCUUGUAUCAUUUUUAAUUUUAGUUUCCUGUGUAUAAUUUGGAGUUUAGUAUGACGUCCAUUAUCGCUGAACUAGUAUACAUAUUUGUUUAGGGGCCAGCUGAAGGACGCCUCCGGGUGCGGGAGUUUCUCGCUGCAUUGCAGACCCAUUGGUGGCCUUCGGCUGUUGUCUGCUCUAUGGUCGGGUCGUUGUCUCUUUGACACAUUCCCCAUUUCCAUUCUUAAUUUUAUUAUUAGUUUUUCUUCCAGUUAACAUUACAUACAGUCUGCAGUUAAAGUUUUAAAAAAUUUAAUAACUUUCUUAAACUAUCCUGGAUUUGUACCAGACUUGGACAGAAGCUUGUUUAUGAUCAAAAGCUAGUAUCUAGAAGGAAAUUUUGUAAAAAUUUAUUUCCUGUUUUCCCGUAUAUUACUUAUAAAUGGACUUAGUUUUUAUCCCAGGUAACAUUACAUACAGUCUGCAGUUAAAGUUUUUAAAACAUUUAUUAGAUUCAUAAACCAUCCUGGGUUUUUACCAAACUUGGACAGAAGCUUCUUACGAUCAAAAGAUAGUAUCUAUAGGAAAAUUUUUAAUAGUAUUCUCCCCUUUUUUUUCUAUUUACAUGCAUUUUUAUUGAUGAAUUGAGGGAUAAAUCAUCAAGCAAUGUAAAAAUUAUCUUCUUUAUCAAUUGUUCAUUCAAUAAAUUUAUGUUUCAACA